UUCACUUUCUUCCUGGUUGGGCUUAGGGUAUAAAAUGGAAUCCAAUCUGAGCACAGGACUCGUCUGCCUACUGCAACCAUGGCUGCCAUGGCCCUACUCCCAGUGCUCCUCCUGCUGGGACUUGCCAACGCCAAGAGGUUCUCCUGCUUCCCUGAGUAUUGCCUCCAUGAUAAAGACUACGAAGAGCUGUUGGGGAUAGUGAAAUAUGGGCUGGAACCCACCAAGAAUCCAUCUAAUGUGAUCAUCGUUGGGGCUGGGAUCAGUGGGUUGACGGCAGCUAAACUGCUCCGCGAUGCUGGGCAUAAGGUCACCAUUCUGGAAAUCAGCAACAGGGUGGGUGGGAGGAUCAGGACCUACAGGGAGAAGGAUUGGUACGUGGAACUGGGAGCCAUGCGCCUGCCCAGCAAGCACAGGCUGGUCCGUGAGUUUAUAAGGCAGUUUGACCUGAAGCUGAACCCGUUCCGCCAGACGGAUGACAAUGCCUGGUACUUUGUGAACGGCAUCCGAGCGAGGGUGGCAGAUGUGAACAGGAACCCCGACAUCCUGAAUUACACCCUGAGACCUUCAGAGAGGGGCAAAAGUGCCAGCCAGCUCUACAGGGAAGCUCUGAACUUGGCUUUCAAGCAGUUCCAGACCAUGAACUGCAAGGAGUACCUGGCUAAACACGACUCCUUCUCCACCAAGGAAUAUCUGAUUAAAGUUGGAAACCUGAGCCGAGGAGCCGUGCAGAUGAUCGGAGAUCUGCUGAACGAGGACUCGGGGUUUUAUCUGUCCUUCCUCGCCUCGCUGUGGGACUUUGAUAUCUUCUCUGAUGAGGAGAGCUUCGAUGAAAUCACUGGAGGUUUCGACCAGCUCCCCAAAGCCUUCCAUAAAGCCCUUCCAGGUGUCAUCAAAUUCAAUUGUACGGUGGAAAAAAUCAUGACCAAAGGAGGGAAGGUCCGGGUUUUCUAUCGCGCUCCAGAUACCCUCGCCCCAAGCAUAGCCACAGCGGAUUAUGUCCUGGUUACCUCCUCAGCCAAAGCUACCAGGCACAUCCAAUUCUUCCCACCUCUUUCCCCAACCAAAAACGAGGCUCUUCGCUCCAUCCAUUACGCCAGCGCAUCCAAAAUCGCCUUGGCUUGCACGGAGAGGUUCUGGGAGAAGGAUGGCAUUCAAGGAGGGCAAUCCAUCACCGACCGCCCUUCCAGGUUUAUCUACUACCCCAGCCACAACUUCUCCAGCGGGAUCGGGGUCAUCUUGGCUUCAUACACUUGGAACGAUGACGCUGAGUUCCUCAUGCCUUUAGAGGACGAGAAAUACUUGGACGUGGUCCUUCAAGACCUGUCGGAUAUCCACCAGGUGAGCAAGAGUUACCUGCAAUACACCUGCGACCGCUACGUGAUACAGAAGUGGCAGCUGGACAGGCAUUCCCUGGGAGCCUUCGCUGCCUUCACGCCUUAUCAGUUCACUGAUUACUCCCAGGCUCUCUUUGAGCACGAGGGGAGGGUUCAUUUUGCAGGUGAACACACUGCCCAGCCUCAUGCAUGGAUUGAUACCUCUAUGAAGGCUGCUGUGAGGGCGGCGAGCAACAUCCAUGAUGAUAGCGAGACCCGAAAUCUCAACCUUAACCUGGAGGGCUUGAUGGAAAAGGGAGAGCUCUGAGCUCGUUGGGUUUGGGCUAAUCUGGCUGGGUUUAGGGUUGGAAUGUAUUUGUGGUGGUGUCAGUCUCUUUCUAAGAAGAUUCAGCCUCAGAAUGUUGGUAGGAAAGGUGUUGAAGAAAAGUAAUUGGGGAAAAAAAGAGAUGGAAAAGUCUGUUGUCCUCAUACGGGACCCUAAUAACCACCUGGUUAUUAGGUUAAAGGGGGAUUCCUGAAGGAGAACCAACUUCAGGUGGGUUUUGUGACCUCACACUGCUUAGGUGCAAUGCAGUGAGCACCAGUUUGUGCACAAAGCGCUGCAGAAAAUGGCUCAGAUGGAAUAAAAUCACCAUCUUCUA